AUGUCAAAAGCUAUCACUAGAAGAACUCAAUGUUCAUACAUUUCAGGCCUAUUGGAGUUGAAUCCUUUUGAUGAUCGAGCUACAAACUUAAACAAAUCUCAUAUUGAUGGACGUUAUCUUCUUACCCCAGAUCUCACCUAUGAAGACAUCACACAUGAUUAUCCCUCCUUAAAAGCUCCAGUUGCAAGAAUGAUUCCUGGAUUUGUUCUCCAACAACGACAGCAAACCCAACAAGAAGAUCCUCAAAAUGAAUCGGUUGUCGAAUCACCUUUCACUUCUGGUGAAUAUGGAGUUGUUAGACGAUCACCAACACAACCUGUUGUAAUUCCUACCAACAUCAACAACAGCUCAACUCCUCUAAAUUCAGGUUUUUAUCAAUUAUUCAGAAAGAAGAGUGAAGAAGUGAAAGACAAUGCCAAAGCUCCCACAAAGGGUAACAAGGAGAAUAGUUCUCUCCAAAAACUCUUUCCAUGCUUUGAAAACAGAAAGAAAUGA